CUUUUUCUGUAUUUUCUUAUUAGAAAAGACUGCAGUUGUAGAUAAAACUGGAUUUUUAAACAAACACUUUAUACGCGUUUACGGAUGUUUUUCCUUUCAAAGAUUGCCCCAAGAAAAGGAAUAAAAUAUUGCUUGGCAACCAUAUUGACAAGACACAAGCUUGACAACACUUACUAGCGAGACUAUUUUUAUUUACAAAACUUAUUUAUAUUAUAGUAUUAACGUAUUCUAAUUAAACACCAUGGAACAAGAUAACAUUUCGACAUUCAGCGCUGAUGGUGGACAGGACACCGUCGGGCUGCCUCGCAUUGUGAUGGUGACUGAGGGGUCGGAUACAUCAGCAUCUUCCCCGUCGUCAACGUCACCAGAGGAAGACAACUGGGCUGACCUCAUUAAAUCUUCAGAGAUACCUCCAGAAUACUGGCACAUACAGAAACUAGUAAAAUAUAUGAAGGCAGGAAACCAGACAGCCACUAUGGUAGCUCUAUCCUGUCUGAAAGACCAUGAUCUUACUAUAGAGGUGAAUCAAAGGGCAAUACAAGAGAUCGGAGGGUUAGAGCUGCUAGUCAAUUUAUUAGAAACCCGAGAUUUAUGCUGUAUUUUAGGAGGUUUAGCUGUGCUUAAAGAUAUAACUCCAAACAUUGAAAUAAGGAAGAAAGUGACGGACUUGGGAGCAAUCCCAUUGUUAGUAGGAUUACUGUCAGAUCCUGCGAGAGACGUUCAAAUCUUGGCAGCAGAAACCAUAGCUAAUUUGGGCAGAAUAAGGAAAAGCAGAAAGUUCUGCAGAAGAUUUGGUGGUAUACCUAAAUUAAUUGAUCUGUUGGAUAUAAGAGAAAAAGCUUUGCUGACACCCCGUGAAAGCUUGAAUCAACAUGAACUUCAGUUUUUGGACAUCGCAAGAGCGGGAGCGAAAGCCCUUUGGUCAAUGUCGGCAUCACAAAGAAAUCGUGAAGCUAUGAGAAAGUAUGGCAUGAUUCCCUUGAUAGCACGAAUGCUGAAAACUAUUCACCUUGAUGUAGCUGUCCCCGCGGCGGGGUUAUUGCAGAUGUGUGCCAACGAAACGUCAUUCCAACUUGCUAUCCAAACUGAGAAGAUGGUAGAUGACUUGAUUAAACAUCUAGCUAAUGAAGACAAAGACUUAAAGACGUACUGCAGUUUGGCUAUUUACAAAUGCGCUAGUGAUCCGGCGACGCGACACAUGAUACGUGACGCUGGUGGAUUGGAGCUGUUGGUUCAAGCUAUAUCAGACACCUCUAAUAGACCAAACAAGCCUUUGAUGGCAGCUGCAACUGGAGCUAUCUGGAAAUGUGCUACCAGUGAUACCAGUGUCAAAAGGCUGGAUAGCCUGGGUACCGUUCCAAUACUAGUCAGAUUGUUGGAUGAUGAAAAUGAUGGAGUAUUGACUAAUGUAGCUGGUGCAUUGGCAGAAUGUGCCAAGUACCCACCGAACAGAGAAAAGAUUAGGAUUGCUGGUGGAAUACCGAUGCUCACACAUCAUUUGAACAACACUCAUAAGCCACUUUUAGAGAAUGUUCCACUAGUUCUAAUGGAGUGUGCUAAAGAACAAAACUGUAUGGCUGAAAUAGAUCGACUAGAUGGUGUUAGACUUAUCUGGUCAUUACUCAAAAAUGAUUCUAAGAAGGUGCAAACAAACGCGGCGCUAGCUCUGAGCCCCUGCGUGCAGAAUGCUGCAGACUCUGGCGAAAUGGUCAGAUCGUUUGUGGGUGCUUUGGAACUGACAGUUGACUUACUAGAUUCUGAUGACCACAACGUUUUGUCUGCCGUGUGUGCCGCCAUAGCUACUAUUGCAAGAGAUCAUGAGAAUCUCGCUGUUAUUUCGGAUCAUGGAGUUGUUCCUAAACUGUCAAAGUUAGUGAACACGACAGAUGACCAUCUUCGAGCGAAUCUUGGCGUGGCGAUCGCUUAUUGUUGUGAAUGGGCUCAGAACCGCCAGGAGUUUGGCAAGCGUGGUGCCAUUACUCCUUUGGUGAACUACAUGACGUCACGCGACCCUAAUGUGCACAGGUCUACGGCACUGGCACUGUAUCAUCUCUCCUUCUAUUCACUGAACUGUGUCACCAUGCAUGCCGCUGGUGUCGUUCAGUUUCUUCUAGAGACAAUAGGAUCGAAGGAUCCAGUACUGCAAGAAGCGUCAGCUGGUUGUCUAUGCAACAUCAGGAAAUUAGCACUGGCCACCGAGAAAGUAAAAUUGAAACAGUAGGAGAAUAGAAUAUUACUUAUAUUAAUGUUUUGAAACGGUAUUGUAGAUAAUAAAUA